UGGUGUAUGGCAAUCUCGAACAGAAACAUUGAUUUAAAUUAAACGGAAUUCCUCAUUUCAAUCAAUAAGUCAUUAAUAUCCUUCCCAUAAUCAUCCAGAUUAUCUAAAAUAUUUAACUAAAAAUAUCGCAUCUCAAUAUCUAUAAACAUAUUGAUAAAACAUUCAACCUGGCACCACUGACGCAAUCGUUUCAUUUUUGUUUUGAUACGCCGGGAGAGUCAUUGUCGUUGCCUAAUCUAACUCCUUUGCUGGGCAACCAAAAUCUCCGGCAAACCCUUCGCUGACCGCGUGCCAGUUGGCAUAGCUUUAACCGAUUUCGGACUCUCGAAGCAACCCCUGGACGGAUCCAAAACGUACAGCUUCUGCGGCACCGUCGAGUACAUGGCCCCCAAGGUCGUCAACCGAAAGGGUCACACCUUCGCCGCAGACUGGUGGUCCUUUGGGGUUCUAAUGUUUGAGAUGCUGACGGGCAACCUUCCCUUCCACGGUAGCAAUCGUAACGAUACGAUGAACCAGAUCCUGAAAACCAAACUUGGGAUGCCAGAAAAUCUGAGCCCGGAGGCUCAGAGUUUGUUGCGGGCCCUGUUCAAACGCAAUCCCCAGAAACGGUUGGGAGUUGGCCCAAACGGGACGCGUUCGAGCGGAAGGAGGUGCGACCCCCUUUCAUUCCGGCCGUUUCCCGCGACAAUGCGUUUUACUUUGACACGGAGUACACCAACAAAUCGCCCAAAGAAUCAGAUGGGUCCCAGGGCACCGUUUACGAACGAAAUUCCUGGCGUCAAACCGGUCACCUUUGCCGAUGAGUACGCAAUGAUGCAGGAGCUGGGCGGGGAACGUUCUCCGUUUGUCGGUUGUGUGAGAAUCGUACCACCAAGAAGCAUUACGCCGUUAAGAUAAUCGACAAAUACGGUCACGAUUGUCGAGAGGAAGUGGAAAUUCUACUGAGAUACGGCAAUCAUCCGAACAUCGUGUCUCUGUUCAGUGUCCACGAGGACCCCACUUAUGUGUACCUGGUAAUGGAGUUGAGGGAGGGGAG